GGCCCGUGUUGGUCCGUAUACCCUCAUCCCCUCCAUCUGGGAAAAUUCUCUUCGAGUUAUCUUUGGUAAUUUCUGCUUAUUUUCUAUCCCCAGUUGUAUACGAACUCCGUACUCCAGGCCAAGUUCAUUUUAAGGGAUGUAAGGCAGAUGCCGAUUUCUUCCACGUGGCUCUGAGUGCAUUUAAAAUCCGGGUCCCUGUGGUUCCACCCCACCAUGAUUAUUUUUGUGGUGCUGGCGCUUGGUUCUGCUCUGUUAGCCCUUAUGCUUGGAUUUUUGUUCAACCGGGAGAAGUGGGAUCCCAAAGGAAAGCAUUGUUAUGUGACCGGCGGAUCACAAGGCCUGGGGCUUGCCGUUGCCCUUCUUCUUGUCAAACUUGGUGCAGAUGUAUCCAUAGUGGCCCGUAAUGAAGAAAAACUACGAGCGGCACUUGCUGAGAUGGAGAAAGUGCGGAAACUUCCCGGUCAAAUUCUGAAAUGGUACUCCUAUGAUCUCACGCAAUGUAAAUCUGCCGAGGCUGCAUUAGAAGCCGCAUCUAAAGGACACAAUGGCCGUUGCCCCGACGCUCUCUUCUUGUGCGCUGGGACCUCAGUACCAGGAUUUUUUGUGGAGGAAGAUGAAGCCUCGAUGAAAAAAGGAAUGGAUAACGUAUACUGGGUGCAGGCGUGGUCAGCUCUAGCCGGCACAAAGCGCAUGGUACGAGACAACAAGCCUGGAAAGAUAGUGCUCGUCUCUUCUGUUCUCGGUUUCAUGUCGAUGGUUGGCUACUCCUCGUAUGCCCCUGCAAAACACGCGUUACGAGGUCUAGCAGAAACGCUUCGUUCGGAAAUGCUUCUCUACGGAAUCUCUGUCCACAUAUUCUUCCCUGGAACGAUCCUUAGUCCAGGCUACGAAGUUGAAAACAAAUGCAAGCCCAAGAUCACUCUUAAAAUCGAAGAAACCGACGGUGGUCAGACUCCCGAAAAGGCCGCCGAGGGUCUAUUAAAAGGUAUUCAACGCGGCCAUUUCCACAUAUCGACGGACUUGUUAGGGAACAUCUUCCGCUCUUCGACUAGGGGCGCGAGUCCCCGCAAUCAUGUGUUGCUAGACGAUAUCUAUAGCUUCAUUGGAUGGGUGGGAUUCCCUAUCUGGCGACGGUCUGUGGAUUCUACCAUCAAAGGGCACCGACAAGAGCAUCGUGCCUAUCUGGUUAAGAAAGGUUUUCUUUCAUAGUGAGGCGUAUGAGCCUAUGAGAUUAAUGCCCGAUAAUAUCGUUAUCUGUCUCUUAUGCCCCCCGGAUUACAAUGCCGUGCUUAAACUUUAACUAGACACCUUGGAGCCUUCUCCUUUAUGAACUUGGGAUCAGUACCAACUCGAGACUAAAGGUCAUCGAUGAGCCAUUCCACUAAAAUAACCCCUCGGGGUCAAACGAAAGUUCUUCU